AGAGAAUCUGUUUCUGGUAGGACUGCUUUAUGAGUCUUACAACUGUUACUACUGUUAGGAGCAGACCGCAGUUUGAAUUUUGUUAAUUCGCGAUGCCUUCGGAAAAUCUACGAUGGGAAACUUUAGAGGCUCUAAAAAAUUCCCCAAAAGGAAAAGUGACCUUCGACCCGUACUGGUCACAGAGAGGAGAGCAUAUUUUGGCCGGUUGUAAAGAGACCCUCAGUCUAUCCUCUCAGUCUGCAGUCAUAUUGGAGCGGAUAGACUCUUUGUCCCUGAAAAAAUCGUCCUUCCUGGACCUCAGCACCACAGGCUCUGAGGAGAGUCCAGCCUCUGUUUCCUCCUCUGGAUCCACAGCAGACCUCGGCGGAAAGCCAGCCACACUUUCCUCAACCCCAUCUCAGAAAAAUCAACAGAAAGAUAUUUUGGGGUCAUUAACAAAGCUUAACGCGCUGCAGCAGGUCAGCCACAAGGAAAAAGAUGAAAGUCCAGAGACAGAUGUCAGGGAAGACUCUAGUCCUUCCCCCCCGCCGGCCAUUUCCCUGCUCUCUCCUAAAGCCAUGGAGACGGCAGGGUGCAUCAUCCGCUUCCAAGAGGCGCAGCGGGAAAAAGCCAAGGCGGCGCUCCGAGAGCGGCAAGCAAAGCAGGAGAAGCUGGUGGAGUCUGUCGCGAGCGCCGAGCUGGAGCACCUGAAGCGCUUCGAGGAGCUGAGGGAGCUGAAGCAGAGGCAGGAGUCCCAGACCAUAAGGGACAUGGAUGACAGAGAAACCAAAGAGCUAAUGGGACGUCACGAGAAGCUGAAGGAAGAGCAGCGACACCGAAUAAAGAUCCUGAACCUGCGGGUGAGGGAGCUGGAGCAGCAGCGGCUCCGCGAGGCGGAGCAGGAGAAGCAGAGGCAGGCGGAGGGCAGAGAGAGGCUGCGGAGGCUCAACAGCAUCCAGGAGGAGAUCCUGCAGCUCAACCAGCUGCUGGAGCCGUCCGCCCAGACCGACUGCAUCCUCCCGCCCGCCAGCCUCGUCUCCCACAGCUCCCGCGGCAACCAGCUGUGCUCCCAGGUGUCGGAGGUGGUGAGAAAGACGGCAGAGGGAGAAUUUCCCAGCCCAGAGGAUAUGGAUGCGGCUGAGCAGGCGCUCUGCGAGAUGAAGUCGGUGAUCCGGCAGAUGCAGGAGGAGGCGGCCAGGGUUCAGGAGCAGAAGAAGGUUCAGCAGCAGGAGGAGGAGCGGAGGAAGCAGGAGGCUCUGCAGGCGCAGCAGGAGGCGCAGAAAAAGGCAGAGCAGGCGGCCAAAGAGAAAGCUCAGAAAAAAGGGCUGCAGAACAGCGCAGAGGAGAGCACCAUGAAAUGGUACAAAGAGCUGCAGGACGCAGCCGCUCAGUGCGCUCAGUCCUUCCAACAGCUCAACGCUCCAAAAGACAGCCAGACAAAGAAACUGAAGCUGGAGCUGCAGAAAGCGGCCACCAUCCCCGUCAGCCAGAUCUCCACCAACUCUGGAUCGCAGCUCAAGGAGAUCUUCGACAAGAUCGACAGGCUGCUGUCCGGGCGGGCCGUGGUGUCUGGAGGGAACUCUGUGUCCACCUCGCAGCAUCCUCAGGGCCUGGAGUUCGUCAGCUACAAGCUGGCCGAGAAGUUUGUGAAACAAGGUGAGGAGGAGGUGGCGUGCCACCAUGAAGCAGCCUUCCCCAUCGGCGUGGUGGCCUCCGGUAUCUGGGAGCUCCACCCUCAGGUGGGCGACCUCAUCCUGGCUCACCUGCAUAAGAAGUGUCCGUACGCCGUCCCGCACUACCCGCCCAUGAAGGACGGCACACCGGUGGAGGAGUAUCAGAAGAUCCUGGGUUACCGUGUGGAUGACUCUGGGGUCGAAGGUCAGGACAGUUUUCUAAAGAGGAUGUCUGGCAUGAUCCGUCUCUACGCCGCGGUGAUCCAGCUGAAGUGGCCGUACAACUCAAAGCAAGGGUCUGUUCCUCACGGCCUGAACCACGGCUGGCGUUGGUUGGCUCAGAUGCUCAACAUGGAGCCUCUGGCUGACAUCACAGCGACGCUGCUUUUUGACUUCCUGGAGGUUUGCGGCAACGCCUUGAUGAAGCAGUACCAGGGUCAGUUCUGGAAGCUCAUCCUGCUCCUGAAAGACGAAUACUUCCCCAGAAUCGAAGCUGUGACCAGCACUGGAGAGAUGGGCUCCGUCAUCAGGCUGAAGCACUUCCUGGAGACUUCGCUGCAGAACCGGCAGAUCAGUCCACCUAAAGGCCAGCUGAGCUCCGGGUUCUGGAGGUCCUGACGGCUCAGACUGAUGGAGGAAACCUCUGCUUUGCUGCUCCGUCUUCUGACAGAAGAGACGCUGAACGUCUCUCUGACCAGAAGUUUACAUGCGUGUCCUGGAACCAGAGAUGUUCUCCUGAGUUUCUGAACAUCUCGAAGAUUAUCUCGAAAACAUCAUGAAUGAGGAUCAUACAUGCCUUUUGUUCCUCCUUCUGUUGAACUUUGACCCACAAAAUCUUAUUUUUACUUCUUACAAUAUACGUCAUUAUUUUCUCCAAACUAAAGUUCCAGGACACGAUGAGUUUGGACACUAAAAAACCAGCAGAGACGCUUUGCAACCAUCUUUGGUUUAGAUGUGACCGAUUGUUUUAGCCUGAUUAUUUAUGUGCAGCUGUGUUUUAUCAAAGAGCUGUAACAAUAACGAUGUGCUGCAUUGAAAGAUCUCCCAUUUCUAUGUUUUUUCCCCCUGAACCUGAAUCCUCCGAUUGUUUUGCAGUUUGAUGGUCUCUGAUGGAUCAGUUCAGUCUCUUAAGUCGCUGUUCGAAUCUAAUUAUUGUUGGUAGAUUUGGACGUAUUUAUUUUUCCAUGAAUCCACUGUGUGGAGCUGAGAGGUGUUAUAUCACAUAAAUGUUUUUAUCCUGGAAAAUGAAACAUGUUCUGGCUGCUUUUUUUUUUUCUUUAAAUAAAAUCCUGAAGCGGUUUAUUGUGUUUAUAUGGAAUCGUGUUCUGAAUGUUAGAUUAAAUAUCAGCUUCUGAACGAAUGUAAUCUAUAGAAAUAAAAAAAGUACCUGCAAUAAAUCCCC